GAAUGUUUAUAGUUUUCAUUUUUAACCUCAAAGUUGUUCCAACAUUUUCGAUGUUUUCUUUUAGUUUUCUGAACAGUUUCUAAUAUUAAUUUGAUUCAAGCGUUGAUCAAAAAGUGUAAUUAUGGCAGAAAUAGUGCGUUCAACGUUUUCUAUGUAUGGACUGACUAUAACGAAGAACUUGAGCCAUGAGGUAUAUUUGAAAUUAAGAAAAUUACCUGCAAACGUGAGAGAAGAUACGUUGACAAAAAUUAUCGAACAGUUAUUAAACCAAAACCUUGAAACGGCAAACAUUCAAAAAGAGCACAUCGAUCGUGCAGUAAAGCUAUUAGUACAACCAGAAUCUGCACUCAAGGACACAGAAACCGUUUUAAAUGUCAUAAAUGCUUAUGAUAUUCCUAAAGUGCAGUACGAUAUUAACAGGAAAAAAUUCUUAGUUCGGAAGGUCGAGAAGGAUUUCUAUCCAGAUGCUAUACAAAAGUCUAAUGUUUUUAAGGACAGACUUGAUUUAUUGUACCAUCGAACCUUGAGGCAUGAGUUAUUUACACCUUCCAAAUUUGGUCAAUCCGAUGAAGGAAAAUUAGAAUUAGUUCCUAUUGAAUAUUUACUCAGCGAAGCAAAGACUGACCACGUUUACGUCACUGGACUCCUUUCGCAACUUACGGAAGGACAAUUUUAUUUGGAAGACAGCCAUGGGACAGUGAAAUUGGAUCUGAAGAAAGCAAAUUUUCAGUCGGGUUUGAUUAUGGAAGGCUCUAUAGUAAUCGCUAAUGGAAAUUACAUAGACAACAUUUUCGAGGUAAAAAAUAUCGGAUUUCCACCCCCAGAACCCACGCUUAACACUCGAGCAGCUUUCGGAGAUGUCAAUACUUUCGGUGGUGAGCAUCCCACAACUCUAAAAAUGUCUGAGAAACUAAAAACGCACGAGACCGUAAAUCAGAACGAGACACUGAUAUUCGUCUCGGACUUCUGGGUAGACGAUAUAAAAGUGAUCGAAAAAUUCACAGAGAUACUUGAAGGGUAUUCGAGCCAUGCCCCAGCUGCUUUUGUACUUUGUGGCAAUUUUCUAAGCUUUCCACCGGAUGCGACAAGUCCUCAAAAGUUGAAGGAUGGUUUUAAAACUCUUGCAGAUAUUAUCAGUCGUUACGAUAAUCUUUUGGCAGAAUCAAAAUUCAUAUUGGUGCCUGGCCCCUAUGAUUUGGGUGCCUCAAAAAUUCUGCCGAGGGCUUCUUUACCUAAAUCUGUUCUGAAGGAUUUCCUGACGCGAAUACCUGGUGCAAUUCUUGGAACGAAUCCCUGCAGAAUACAGUAUUGUACGAAAGAAAUCGUCGUGUUUAGGGAAGAUGUUGUGACAAAACUGUGCAGAAAUACUCUCAAGUUUAUUCAUAAUAGUGAUGUUUAUGAGCAAUAUGCAAAGUCUAUAAUCUGCCAAUCUCAUUUAAUACCACUGACACUGCAAGCGAUGCCGGUUUAUUGGAAGUUCGAUCAUUCUUUGCAAGUUUUCCCUACUCCAGAUCUUAUUGUUGUUGCGGAUACACAUAUGCCGUACAAGACGAAUUACUCGGAUUGUCACGUCAUCAAUCCGGGUUCUUUUCCGAGAAGUAAUUACUCUUUUAAUGAGUACGUCCCCGCAGAAAAUAUUAUCGAAGUUUGCGCGGUCGGCGACGUAAAUGAAUAAGGUAAUCAUAAGAAGACUCGUGUUUCUGUAUUUUUGAAAAUGCAUCAAUUUUAUAAUAAUAAUCAAAUUAUAUUUUUAUAUUUAAAAAAA